CGUCACUCUGGAGCUUUUAAAAGCACUUGUUUUAGACACAUUUGUCACGUGACAGAUUUUAAAAUGUGCCGUGCUGACAGAACCGUGCCCGCGGCUUGUCACGAGACCUUGAAAGUUGAAUCUCCACUUCCUUGUUUCUUCUUUCGUGCCGGACGCCGAGGUCGGAAGUCCAGUGUUUAAAAGAAUGCAUUUCUAUGAUCUCCCUUUGUUUGGGACCACCUUUCCUCAGCUCUGCUCUGUUUUGAGGGAGUUUAAUGCGCCACAACUAAUGAUAUAUGAGUAAAGGAGUAAGAACAAGACGCUGCAGGUGUCCAAAGUAACCCCAGGUGAGUUGAUCUCCUGCUGUCCUCUAUGUCCAACAGCCACGAUGGAUUCAGCUUGAAGCGGAUGAGUAACCUCAUGGGCAGCAGGAGGCAGAGAGCAGUGGACGAUGGAGAGCAGAGUCUCAUUGGACCUCCAUCUGGAUACCCCGGAGCCACUGGUGGGAAUCUCCUGGACCAAGAUGAAUCCACACCAUGCUUUGUCUACGUGUUGGCGGUUUUCUCUGCCCUGGGAGGAUUCCUCUUCGGGUAUGACACCGGGGUGGUCUCCGGGGCUAUGCUGCUCAUAAAGAAGGAGAUGAACCUGGACAAACUGUGGCAGGAGCUGCUGGUUUCCAGUACCGUUGGGGCUGCCGCUCUCUCUGCCCUGAGCGGAGGAUACUUGAAUGGGUGGCUGGGGCGCAGGAUCUGCAUCCUUUUGGCCAGUUUCAUCUUUAGCGCUGGUGGCGUGAUCUUGGGUUUGGCCCCCGACAAGGUGGUGUUUCUUGUGGGCAGAAUCAUAGUUGGAUUGGGCAUAGGCAUUGCCUCGAUGACAGUCCCUGUGUACAUCGCAGAGGUUUCCCCUUCUCACCAGAGAGGGCAGCUGGUCACUAUCAACUCGCUCUUUAUCACUGGUGGCCAGUUUAUUGCCAGUGUGGUCGAUGGCGCUUUCAGCUACCUAAGCCACGACGGCUGGAGGUACAUGCUGGGUUUGUCCGUUGUCCCAGCAGUGCUGCAGUUCAUCGGCUUCAUCUUCCUGCCGGAGAGCCCCCGCUGGCUUCUCAAAAACGGCCGGAGCCAAGAGGCCCGUGAAGUUCUCAGCCGGAUCAGAGGAGGGCGGAACAUUGACGCGGAGUACAACGCCAUCAGAACCAACAUCGAGGAAGAGGAGAAAGAGGCAGGAGGAGGUCUUGUCAUUUUACGGAUUCUUCGCUAUGGUCCGACUCGCAGGGCUCUCAUCAUUGGCUGCGGCCUCCAGAUGUUUCAGCAGCUGUCUGGGAUAAACACUGUCAUGUAUUACAGUGCAACCAUUCUGCAGAUGGCGGGGGUGCGGGAUGAUAAACAGGCGAUCUGGUUGGCUGCUGCAACUUCUGCAACCAACUUUGUGUUCACCGUGGUUGGAGUCUGGCUUGUGGAGAGAGUGGGCCGAAGGAAGCUGACCCUGGGCAGUCUUUUAGGUACUGGUCUGAGUUUGACUCUGUUAGCAGUCGGGUUCUUGCUGUCUGCCCAGAAUUCUCCACCCAUCACCCUUCACCCGGUCGACUCUCAGAACUCAACCUGCAGACUAUAUGGGUCCUGUGAGUUCUGCAUGCUGGAUCCAAACUGUGGGUUUUGUUAUCGUGAAAACGGCUCCGGGGUGUACAAUGCCUCCUGUGUUCCUGUCAGUCAAGUGUCCACGGAUCACGCCGCCUGGGGAAGGUGUUCCAACCAAACAGAGGGAACUGACAACCCGAUCUGGGCCUACAACUACUGUCCAACAUCCUACUCUUGGAUCGUCCUGUUGGGCCUCAUACUCUACCUUGCAUUCUUCGCUCCAGGUAUGGGCCCAAUGCCUUGGACAGUGAACUCAGAGAUUUACCCACUGUGGGCCCGUAGCACCGGCAAUGCCUGUUCAGCCGGGGUCAACUGGAUCUUCAACGUCCUGGUGUCUCUGACCUUCCUUCAUGUUGCAGAGUUUCUGACAUAUUAUGGGGCAUUCUUCAUGUACACAGGCCUGGUGGUGUUGGGUCUCCUCUUUGUCCAGGGCUGCCUCCCAGAGACCCAAGGCCUGCAGCUGGAGGAAAUCGAGAACCUGUUCAACAGACCGCUCUGCUCAUGUGGAGCCUCCUCAUCCGGCCACAACCAAGUCCAAUACAUCCGGGUAAAAGGCAGUAACUACCUCCUCUCUGAGAGCGAUGCCUCAGAUGUAGAGUAGACUGGGAAGAUUUCCUCUUUCCGCUCUGUCCUUUGGUUUGCUGAUGUGGGGAGGAAAAGUAAUCAUGUCGCCCUCUGGUGGCUGCAAUCAAACAUAAGCACAAAUGGUGCACCCACUCCUGUGAUUGACUCUGAACUCACUUUUCCCCACGCUCAGGCAAUUCUUUUGUCAAUCAUCUCUGCUUCUUACAUCUGCCUUAGUCUCAGCUGGGAGUUGGUGUGCCUUUUUUCUUUACUCCAUUCUUCUUGUUUUCCAUCAUUCCCCCACACGGUCAUCAGAAAAGGGAACACUGGAACAAGACUUUCCAGGUAUCCAGAAUUAGGGUGAACAGAUAAUUAGUUAUACCAGUUAAGUUAAAGUAUGUCAUGAAAAAAUAGUGUUAGAAAUGCGAAAUCGAAACAGAUUAUGGUACUCUUUCCAGGAAAAAUCAUGUUCAACAAACAGAUCUGUAUUUUAAGGACUUCAGCGAUGAACUUUGGGGAAUGAUUGUUGUUUUCCCAGCAAGUAGCAUUUUUAGAAACUCUUUGUUUUGAUUGGGAACUCACCAUUUUCACUGUCUCUCUGUAACGUAAAAACAACUUUAUUUCUAUGAUAUACAAAAUACAUCAAAUAUUUUGUGUAUUUUUUUUUGAUAUACCAGCAAGGAUGUGUUUGUAUGCUUCAUGCCAGCCUUAAUGAUCUUUAGAGAGCAGGAGACCAUUUUAAACACUAUCAUUGAUUUAUUUGUAUAUUCUUUAGAACUCUUUGAGAACACAUUCCUGUUAAAAUCACGAGCAUGGGUUUAAUGCUUUAAUCUGUGCUGGUGUCAAACUAAACUGUCCAUUGUGGGUUGCUGCUAUUCUGUGCACAGUGGGAGAGAUUUCACUUGAAAAACCAAAAAGGUGUCUUUUUUUUCUGAAAAAACAUUUUUAUAUGUCAAAUUAGUCGAACAAGUUGCUCAAAUCUUCAAUUUUCUAGCACGAUUCGGAAUUCAGUCCAGCACACUACGGAGCGGUGGGGUCAGACAGUGCCAUAGCCUAUAUCACUGUAAGUAUGGCCUCAAUGUGAUAACAGCUUUUCUUAUAUAUUUCAGCAGUGAUUAAUAUUCCUUUUUAAUUUUAAUGUCCUUGUUUCUGCAGCUCAGAUAACGAUGACCAAGUAGCCCUGAACAACUCAGUACAAAGCACCUUUUGUAUAGAGCGUCCUUUUUGCACUGACAUGCUUUGAAAUAUGCCAGUGUGCUUUUUAGUGCCACUGUAAGUUUUCUUUUAAAAAGGUUUCUCAUGCAGUCUUCUUUUUAUGGUGAUUGCUAUCUCUGUGCAGCUAAGUGUCUGUUUUAUCGAUGAAUAAACUUCAUUUCGUUUCUGGUUUCUAGAAUGUCUAGAAUGAAUAGUUUUCUGAUGAGUGGAACGUUUGCACAACAGACAAAUUGCACAAAACCUUUAGUAUUUAUGGGAACAGAAACGUUCAAUAUUUAUACAGACGUAGUUUGUGGUUAUAGAUCUGGAAUCCUUUCUCAUAAAAUCAGAUUUGGUGUCAAAUCUCAAUAUGACAGCAGUGAUAUCACACAGCCAUUCCUGUAAAUCUUAUUGAUAACCAGCCUGUGUCAGAAAUUCAAAGACUUAAACAGAUCUAUAUGAGUAUUUUCAGAAGAAAAGAAGAUCUAUUGUUCAUGACAGAUGAUGGAUGGGUUCAUGUUGGUACUAGGUCAUUUUCUAUAUGAAAUGCUUGUAUUAAUCACAUUCCAUGUCUUUCAUGUUAUGUUCAUGAUCUUUGGGAAAUAAACAUACACAAAUUGAAUCA